GAAUAAUAAAUGAUGAUUCAUCUUACCAGCAAGACUGUCUAUAAACCCAUAGUAGUAAAAACUAUGAUGUAGACACGAGAAUGACAAAAUAAUAGGUCAAAAGAGAGAACCUAGAAACAAACCCAUUUUAUACAUAGGAACUUGACAUAUGACAAAAAUGUCAUUGCAAAUAGGAAAGGAAAGGGUGAGAAUUCAACAACUGAUACUGGGAUAAUUGGCAUAUGAAAAAGAUUAAAUUACAUCUCAAUAGUAAAGAAUACGGAAACAUGGAUUUCAGCCAGACUAAACACCUAAAUUUAAAAGGCAAAACACUAAAACUUUUAACAUAAAUAAUAGAAUAUCUUCAGGAUAUCAGAGUAAACAAGGUUGUCUUAGGACAUAGGAAAUAGGACCAAUAAGGAAAAGGAAGACCUCAUAUGACAUGAGGAGUGGAGGCCUCAGAGUUAUAGAAGAGCAUAUAAAAUAUACAACUGUUGGUUUUUUAAAGGAGCAAAAGUAGUGAGAUAUACAUUUAUUGUGUAACUGUGGAGAGGAACUUUGGAAGUAAACAAAAGAAACUAAUAGUGGUUAUCUUAGAAUGAAAGGAGAUUGCAGAUGGGUUGGAAGGUGAUAUAGUUUGGAUGUGUGUCCCCAUUCAGAUAUCAUAUUGAAAUAUAAUUCCCAGUGUUGGAGGUGGGGCCUGGUGGGAGGUGAUUGGAUCAUGGGGGCAGAUUUCUCUUGAAUGGUUUAGCACCAUCCCCAUUAGUACUAUCCUCGAAAUAGUGACUGUGUUCUCGUGAGAUGUGGUCAUUUAAAAGUGUGUAGCACCUCCUUCCUUCACUUUCUUGUUUCUGCCCUGGCCAUGACAUGCCUGCUCCCCCUUUGCCUUCCGCCACGAUUGUAACUUUCCUGAGGCCUCUCCAGAAGCUGAGCAGAUGCCAGCAUCAUCCUUCCUGUACAGCCUACAGAACUGGGAUGAAAGAACAGAAACUUGAAGCCAAAAAGAAGCGUAAUGAAGAAAUAGAGGCAGAAAGACAAAUUCUUGAUCUGGAAGAAGAAAUACACAAACAAGGAAAAAGAAAAAAGGCCAUUGAAAAUGCAAAGCAAUAUCAAUUUUACCAGACAGAAAGAGUGAAAAACUUUCAUUCAGGACUUCUUCUUAGUAGAGUUAUGAAAGAACGUGAUGCCCAGAUUGAAUUCCGGAAGAGUAAGAUAAAAUCAGAUAAAAAAUGGGAGGCACAGUUGAAACUCAACAUUGAAAAAGCUUUUAAAGAAGAACAAGAAAAAGCAGAAAAACGACACAGAGAAAGGGUGGCUCUUGCCGAAGAUCAUCUAAAACAAAUAAAGGAACAUGAGGAAGAAGAGGAAAGAAGGAAAAAACAUGAAGAAAAAGAUGCUGAAGAAAUAAAGCGACAGAAUGCAUUAUAUGAAAUUGAAAUGAGAAAAAAACUAGAAAAGAAAAGAGAAGAGAUGCAUGAAAGCAGGAGAUGGUUUCUUGAACAUAUGCAGGAUAAACAUAUUAUCAAAGCUGUAGAGCAACAGCAGCAAGAGGAAGAAGAUGAAAAGAUUAGAAAAUUCAUCAAAGCAAAAAAGUGUCUUAUACAAAUGGGGAAAGAAAAAGAGGCUGAAACACACAGGCUUAUGGAGAAACGAAGAGAAAGAAUACAUAACUUCCUGAGUGAACUAUUGAAAGAGAAAGCUGACAAUGAAGAUAUGAUUAUUGCUAGAGAUAUUGCAGAAGCUGAGGCUGAAUGGGAAAAAAGAGAAAGAGAAAAAGAUGAAAAAAACAAAGCAGAAUUAAAAACAAUUGCAGAAUAUAGAGCCAUUGUGAUGAAAAAUAAAGAGGAAGAAGAAAGACAAAGAAAAAUAGAGGCUAAAAAACAAUUGCUGGCUGUCAUGAAAGCAGAUCAGAUUUUCUGGGAACAUGAAAAGGAGAAAAAAUGCAAAGCUGAUAAAGAACAUCAAGAGGUUCAAGAUGCCCAUAUUCAGCAAAUGGCCAAAAAUAAGUUUAAUGCAAAGCAAGCAAAACAAGCAGAAUUAGAUUAUUGCAGACUUACUGAAGCUCUUGUGGCUGAAAAGGAGAAAGAAUUUCAGGACUAUGCCAGAGAGGUAAUUGAACUUGAAUCGGAAACAACAAAUAAAUAUAUUUACCCUCUUGUAAAAGCUGUACAGGAAGGACCUGGAGGUGGCCAUGGACCAGUGUUUGUGGACAGAGGUGGAUUAAGACCCAGCUAUCAGGCAAAUGAUAUUACUGGAGUCCAGCUCCCUUUUUAUAACUCUGAGGGACCAAAAUAUAAUUUUCAAAAGUCAAAGAGAAGGCUAGGUUUUACAUAGUAGAAAAAAAUUAUUUUUAACAUUGAGAAGACUAAGUUGUAGCAUAUAUGAGCUUCAAAUGUAAAUGGAUUUCUGUUAAUAAAGCUGUUCUUCAUCUAAGUACAA